AUGGACGCCUUAACGACGAUAGAAUGGAUAGACCGGCUAGUCAUUUUGAUUGAGACGGCGAUGACCGUGCUCUUUCUGCUUACUGUUGUAAACUGUCGAUUGCUACAUCCAAACUUGCGAUUUUUCUUGGUAUGUCGCUUCAUUCUGACAUGUAUGAAAUUAAAUAUAUUAAUACUUACUAAGACAAUUUUUAGUGCCAAAUAGUGGUUCCUUUAAAUCUCGUAGGAGUCACCCGAUUAUUGGCCGAUCUGGCUGAUGAAUUACACAUUUUCCACUUCAGCGGCUAUUAUUGCAUCGUAAUUUCGACAUUGAACAUGAUAGUAACUGGCAUGGCCGAUUGCGUAAUGAUUGGUAUUAUCACCGAAAGAUUUAUUGCCACCUUAAAUCGAACUCAUUACGAGCAAAUCAGCAAUAAGUACGCCAAAGUUUACAGUUGCAUAAUCUUUGUGUACGGCGGGUUCUAUGUGCUGAUUUGUGAAGAAUUUUCUUACUCUUUGCAUGGUGAGUUAGACACGUUAAAUUGAGGCCUUUUGUAGCUGUCUUCCCGGAUCAAUGUAACCUCAUUGAUAUGUACCCCGGGCUUGACGCCCAAGGAUUUCGCAUAUGCGGAGUAACUGUUGUCUUAUGCACCGGGCCAGCAUUCGCGCUGUAUUUAUAUAACCGGAAGUUGUUCAACAAUCGGCAGAAAAUGGAAUCUUUAAGUUCAAGAUUCCAACUCAACGAAAACUUUAUGGUGAUGCGGACAUUAAUCCCGGUUUAUAUCGUAUGUUUCAUAAUAAUUGGGAAUCUGGGACUGUGGACAAUCCAAGUGGCCGCAAUAUUGAGUGCAGGUGAAAAUUGGAGGGAACACAGAAACGCAAUAAGGAUAUUAGUGAAGGUAAGCAGUUUUGUGUUGCAAAAGACUUUGGGAUGCGCACAAAGCAUAAGCAAAGAUCUUGAUGGGCGUUGACAUGAGUUGAAGAUCAUUGAAGAAUCCCAAUAGCAUGGAUAAGAUAUAGUAAGGGACCUGAUUUAGUGGAAAUAAACGUACCAUUUUGCAUUCGAGAAGCAUCAAAAAUGUGGCAAAAUGCUUCCCUCUCCAAGUGAAAAAGCUUCGGUGUGAAGGGCUCACUCACAAAAAGAGCGGUCGCGCUUUUGAAAUCGGAGUUUUUUCACUUGGAGAGUGAAGCAUUUUGCCACAUUCUUGAUACUUACUUGCAAAAUGGUACGUUUUUUUGCCACCGGAUCAGGUCCACCACUGUAAACGGUUGCCCCUGACGUCGUAAGAUCCGAGAGAGAGAAAGAGCGGUAUGGUAGCUUAGACGACCUGACAGUGAAUGAUGGCCCCAGUCUGAGCCAACUUUUUCUCUUGGCGUUAGUUACUAUCUCUGCAGCUUCAAUAGGAGAAAUAUGAUCUUUUAAAAAUAGGCCGUUUCUUAAUUUAUGUUACACAUAUUAUAAAUUCUUAGCGUAAGAGCAAAGGUGGCCGCCGUAUGAUGACAUUUUUAAAAAUUCUAAUGCGUUUGCUGCAACACAAACUUUAGCACAAUAAUUGCAAGAUACAGUGAACUUUCAAGAAGCGCAAAGAACUAGUUUGAUUAAUAGUGAAAAAUUCCAGAUCUCUCACAUCGCUGUCGACUCAGUGGACAUUGGAUUUGAAGCCACGUUUGUUCUCAACCAUCCGGUUCUACGUAACAAGGCUAAAUGUUUGCUCUCUGUAAUUAUACCUCAGAGAGUUCAUCCAAAUAAAGGAAACGUCUACGUCAUCACGACACGUAAUGGAAAACAAAUGUGCCUAAGUGCAGAUGCUGAUGAGUACUUCAAGCAGCUUGAAAAUACAUGGAAGAUAGAGAGAUAUUAA